GAGAAAUUGAUCAAUUAGAUGUGAUCUUUGCAAACAUAAACACAGCUCAAGUUCAACAAAAUCAAAUUACGCAAAUUGUUCCUAAGCCACUCAUUAUGCCACAUUCAGUAUCAACAAGUAAUCGAUGCGCAGCAAUUCGACGUUCCAAAUAUGGUGAAUUAUGGGGUCUCGCACGACAAGCAACACAGCUUGCAGUUGAAACUGAUGAUGAUGAAAUGAAACAAUGGCUAAGAGCAUUUAUUGAUCGGAAAAAAUGCUCUGCAACAAACAAUAAUAAUGAAAUGUCUAUUGACAAAGAAAAUAAUUUAGAAAUCACAAAUCUACCAGUCACUAAACAUAAAGGUAGAUCUGAGACUAAGUGGUACAAGUCUGCAGUAGAAAAAGCACAUCGACAACCAUAUGCUUGUCGUGCAUGUAGUCAG